AUGGCCGGAUUCGACACCGUCUUCCCCGCAGACUCGGUCGAGUUCUGUCCCCACCCCGACGCAGCCAAUCUCCUCGUCUGCGGCACAUAUCAACUCGACAAAGGCGAGGACAGUAUGUUCCCCCAGGAAGACGACUGUGGCGCAUAUACGCCUCCAGACUCUCCGCAGACACAGUCAGAGGCAAAGCAGAGCCGGAGAGGCGAAUGCUUGCUUCUCCGUGUCGAUCCUGGGCAUACAGAGCCAUUCUCCUUGCUGCAGGAGACUUCUCUCCCCGCGGUCCUAGACAUGAAAUGGUGCCAUACCGAUCCGUCUGUCCCACCGACUCUUGCUAUCGCUGAAUCGGAAGGAGACGUGACAUUACAUACGUUGCAAAUCCAGGAGGGUGCUCUAGACAAGGUCUUGACCGUACAGUGUGCACCGGAGGAUGUGCUCUGUCUGUCUCUCGACUGGUCUAAUCGUCGUUUCUCUAGCACUUCUUUGGGAUCCCUCGUAACAUCCCUCUCAGACGGGGACCUAGCUUUGCUCCGCAGCGAUAGCAACACAGGCUUGACAGUCACAGAGAAAUGGCAUGCACAUGACUAUGAACCGUGGAUUGCUGCAUGGAAUUAUUGGGACAACAACGUUGUGUACUCCGGAGGCGACGAUUUAAAGAUGAAAGCCUGGGAUAUCCGGAGAAGCUUAUCGGAACCCAUAUUCGUAAACAAACGAUUCGAUGCAGGUGUAACGACUAUCCAGAGUCAUCCUUACAUCGAACACCUCAUCGCGGUUGGCAGCUACGACAGCACCGUCCGACUGUUUGACACGCGCAAACCGCUCACACCGCUCACGCAGGCAGAAGUCGGUGGUGGAGUAUGGCGGGUCAAGUGGCACCCCACCGCCCAACGUCAGAACGACUUACUUGUCGCGUGCAUGCACGAUGGCUUCAAAAUCGUCCGCUUUAAUCUUGACGGUGCCGGCAACACCGGUUUUGCGCCGCAGGGUGACGCGCAGGUGCCGCAAUGGCAAAUCACGAAGCGUUUUGAUGAACACACGUCGUUAGCAUAUGGGGUAGAUUGGUCAUUUGGAGGGGCGAAGGAUGGUACUACGCUUGUGGCGAGUUGUUCGUUCUACGACCAUACAUUGCAUUGGUGGAAAGGUUAG